AUGCCGGACCUGGUCAAAUGGUGUGUGCGCAUCAGCUACCUGUAUGGCCGUGUAACCGGUACGCUCAACUUUGAGAUCGAUUUAAAGACGGGCAGAACGCGGGUCACAAAGAAAGCCACCAUAUAUUCCGCGUUGGCACACUUGUGCUUGAUAACUAUGCUGGUGCACCAUCUUUGGCGAGUCAAACCUACGUCUGACUUAUUGGCAAAUGCCAAUGCGCUGCAUGAAAAUGUCUUCAUGGUCGUCGCUUGGAUGCGCGUCUCCUGUGCUUUGGCGGCCUUAGCCGGUCGCUGGUAUCAUCGUCGCCGGUAUAUGCGACUAAUCAGCUCUUUUCGCCGUUUGUACCUCAAGAACACUGAGGUGAUGCAGCACUGUCGCCGUGGCUUCGUCUCUAAAUGCUUUAUAACCACCGUGGCCGAGAGUAUGCAGUUUCUGAUGGCCCUUUUGGUGGUGUGGGAUCGCCUAACCUUCUCAUUGCUCAUUGGCAUAUGGAGUGUCAUGACCGUGACAGCCGUCAUGAAUGUAAUCAUUACUCAGUAUUACUUUGCCCUGGGGAAUGCCCGGGGCCACUACAAACUGCUCAAUCGGGAUCUUCGAGAGGUGCUCGCCGAGGCUCGGUCCCUUGGACCCAAGCGAAAGCGUCAGAACGGGGUCUUUAUCACAAAAUGCUGUUUCCUGGCCGAUCGAGUGGAUGAAAUCGCGCAAACCCAAUCCGAAUUGCAGGCGCUGAUCGAGCGCAUGUCGAGGAUCUAUGAACUACAGGUGCUAUGCCUGUUCUGCACCUAUUAUCUGACCUCCGUGGGAAACGCCUACUUGUUGUUUAGCAUCUACAAGUACAAUAACAUAACACAGGGUUGGUCGAAGCUUAGCUUGCUGGCGGGUGCUACUUUCUUAGUAUUUUACUAUGCCGAUUGCUUGAUAAACUCUUACAAUGUUUUCUACCUGCUGGAAGCCCAUCAGGAGAUGCACAAGCUUCUUGAGCAGCGAAACCUCUUUCCGUGGGGUCUGGAUGAGCGACUGGAGUCAGCCUUUGAUAGCCUCGAGCUGAGCCUGGCCCGCAAUCCAUUACAACUACACUGUUUUGGCCUAUUUAAGUUGGAUCGUUCCUCUGCAUUUGACGUGGGUAAUUCUUUACUAAUCAACUCCGUACUUCUAAUACAAUACGAUAUGCAGAAUUAUUGA